AUGACAUCUGCAAAGGUGCGGUCUACCUAUGAGAGCGACCAAGUCAAGGGCCAACUCACUAUCAGGACGAACCGCGGGUCUGGCCACGGUUUAAGACCAACCCUGAUCAAGAUCUUCUUUGGUUUCCUUGUGUGCCACUGCAUCACGUGGCUCAUUUGGCUGAUCCUGCUGAACUUCGCCCCGAAUGACGUUGUCAACAACCUCAUACACACGGACGAAUUCGACGACGGAACGUUUUCAAGCGCGUCGUCCAGUUCCAGCAGGCCUUGUCUCGGAUUGAAAGCACCAUCACUGAAACUCGACCAAGCGGCUGAAAUCCGACGUGGUGGCCAAGUCGUAACUUCUACCUUCAAGCUGGCUGUGGCUCACAGCGACAGCAGAGCACGACAAAUAUUCGCUGUACAUGUACGUACUCAGAGACUAUGGAUGAAAGUCGGAGAUCUAGCAAUUGAAUCGGUUAUUUUGUACAGUCUGCUGGAGUCUGGGUCGCCAGAGAUUUUUAUCAUCGUCUUCGCCGUAAUUAUGGCGUCGAACGCACUUUCGUGCGUUGUGACAAUGCUUCUUCCGUACAAGCACACGAACGUAUUGGAGACUUUGGUGGGUAUCAUGUUCGACUUGAUUGUCGCUACCGAGUUUCCGACGUUCGUGCUUCUGUACUGCUUUUCGACCUAUGAGCUCAACCGAGCGCAACUUGCUAUCAACAUGGAAGUCUUCCCCCCGACAGCGGUUGUAGACCAGAGACUGCGAGCGCUUCGUAUUGUAUCCACGCUGGACUUUUUCACUCGCAUGUUCGUUAACUCGACGCUUUGCUACCGAGACCACGACGCGGUCAUGUUGUUCCAAAACCCGUGCAAGCAGCGAGGCAACGUGUACCCAAAGCGGCAAUAUCCCGCAGCAGUAUUCUUCAUCCUAUUUACCAUUGGUCUCGUGGUUUUCGUCUCGGAAAGUUUACGCACGUCGACGCUAGCGUGCAAUCCUCAUCCAGAAUGUGCCAUGUACGCGCGGCGGUGGACGGUUCUAGAAGAAGAUUCUGUUACGCAGUGCCCGUGCUUGAUACUGAUUGAUCGCGAUGUUGCCCCGAAGACCUACGCAGAGUGGCUGCAACCGAGAAAUGCCACGGAAAAAGUCGCGUUGCUAGCGUCAAAGGGGGAACUAGAGGGAUUAUUACUCACGAACCGGUAUCUGCCAGUGCUUCCGGACGACCUACGACGAUGUACUAACAUGAAACACCUUUGCGCUUGCAGAUCAUUGGAGUACACUCACACACAGGCGCUACCUGCCUGGAUCAAAGAGUUCAAGAUGCUCGAGUUCAUACACGUCGAAAGCAAAAUGGCAAGCCCGAUGCUUUCUCUCCCCGAGGACAUGUUCAAUGAUAUGACUUCGCUUACCUUCAUCCAUUUCGCGUCAUUCACCCCAUGGCCCACAUUCGCCGUCUUCCUCACCAUGCAGGAAUUGCCCUCAUUCGACAACCUCCACCAUCUCGAACGCCUCGUGAUUGCAGGUGUUCCGAUGCUCCACAGUCUCCGGGAUUUCACCAACGUCAAGAACCUCAAGUCUCUCGUCGUGCUCGACCGCGGGGAGUGGUGCUGCAACGGGUUCCUGGGCGAGCGACCUCCACAACCCGCUGUGCCAGCCUCAUCCAGUGUGGGGGUCCCCCGCUGCAACGUGUCUACCUGCCGACCGAACCAGCGCCAUCGCGUCUGCUGCCACCCUCGCGGCAGUCCACAAGUUCCGCUCGACGGCAGUCCCGAGGCCAUGUGCUACAACGAGCGGUUGAUGGUGAUCGCGUGCACCAUGAACCCGCUGCCUAUCAAGAUGCGGCGCCUGCAGAUCCGACGCGGCGUCGGGCCCCCAUGCUCCCGCGCCAUUGGAUCGUGGCUCGGAUCGAUCGAAAGCAUGAGGGCCCAGCGUUCCGAGGAGGCGGCGAUGCUGCUGUCGGCGUACCAGCAGGCGGCGCAGCGCGACGCGGAGCGCAUGAGGCAGCGCCGUCGAGCUGUGCGCACGUUGUUCGGGGUGGCGGGGGCUGCGGCGCUGCUGGUCGGGUGCAUUGCGGCCGUGGACGUGUUCACCUUGAACGGGGGCGACGGACACAACACCAUGACGCUGCAGGUGCGGGCCGGGGCUCAAGACGUGGACGACGAGGCCAUCGCCAUGGAGUCGCAGUUCGGCUGGAACUCGAUUGGCUACGGAUGGUGCUCGAUCAAGUCGUCCACGUGGUGCAUGUUCAGCAAGGACAAGGAGAAGUGCAAGGAGGGCAUCAACUGCUACAAGGACCGCGUGCAGGCGAGCGCCGACGACGAUGGCGCGUACGAGGGGAGCGGCAGCGGAGACUUCAACGCCACGGUGGGGGACGGCGUGGACGUCGGAGAGGGCGACGAGGAGGAGGAGACCCCGUCGGCUGCGGCUCCAGCCACGCCGGCGGACAACCCGACCGAGCCGCUGGACUUGGGCGGAGGCGACGAGGAGGCCGGCGACGACGCUGAAGAAGCGCCCGCGGACGAUGAAGGUGAGGAAGAGACGACGGAAGAUGACGACGAGGCCCCGGCGGACGACGAAGAGGACGCCCCAGAGGAUGAGGAGGUCGCUGACGAUGAAGAAGCCCCGGAGGGUGACGAAGAGGAGACUGGGGAGGACGAGACGGUGACGGAGGACAAGGAUAACGAUGAAAACAUGGGAGGCGAGGACUGAGCUGCAGGCGGCGUGACUGGGAGAAGAAGGAGGAGGGGUGGAGUGGAAAUCUGUUAAGUGAAAGAGAGAGAGAGAAACAGGAGGAGGAGGAGGCAGGUCAUUGAAACAGCUACGUGUAGUUGUGCGGCAGGAAUGAAAUGUGCGUUUUUUUCACUUU